CGUCGAAGCUCAUUCUCCCCUACUCUAUAUCUCUGGAUAAGAAGCAAGAAGGUUAGAAGUGACGAGUGGCUUUGUGCUUUAACAAUGACUGAUGUUAAGGAAACGUCGUGUAGGCUCUGCCUUAAAAAUAUAACUGAUGGAACUUUUGAAGUGAUAAACAACAUUAUCAGAGACAUUCUAGAUGUUCUUUUACUGAAAUUGAAAUUUAAUGAUGACAGCAAAGAAGUCUUAUGUACCAUUUGCAGAAGAAAGUUAAAUGCAGCUUUAGAAUUUAAGUCAAUGUGUUUGAAUACUGAUAACAAAAUUAUUCAAUAUGUGGAUAGCGAAAAAAUGCUACAGCUCCAAUUAAGAGAAGUGUACAUGCAGGAAAAGAAAAGUGAGUUAGUCUGCAGUCAGAAAAUAUGUCGAUUGUGUAUGCGCCCAGUAGAGAGUGAGUUUAGGUGCAUGCGUGAAGAGGAAUUCGAAGCUAUUGAGAAAUUGAUACCUGAAAUGUAUAUAAAUAUCAUCAAAGAUCCCGUUGUUUGUAAGCCAUGCUUCGAUUCUCUGUGUACUCACAACAGUUUCCUAAAAGAUUGCUCAGAGGUAGAAGAAAAAAUUAAAAGUAUAUUUGAUAAUUCAGCCACAGAAAGUCAGAUAGAUACCUCUCCACUCGAUUCAUUCGUUAAGACUGAAAACUUGGACAAAGAAUUUGAUAUUAAAGAGAUGGAAAUGUCAAUCAAAACUGAAAGUAUCGACAUAAAAUCGGAAGAUGAGGAAAGAAGCGACACGCCACUUCAAACCUACGAUAUUGUACCAUUCGAGGAGAGUGACUGUAAAAAUGAAGUAGAGGAUGGAUGUAAACAUGAGGAUGGAUCAGAAGUGACAACCAGACAUUUGUGUAAAGUAUUGUACAAAUGUGAUAAAUGUAUGUACAAAACUGGAAAUGAGAUACGUUUUACGGCACACUGUGUGAGACAUGAGAAGGAUUUGGAAGCAUAUGAAUGUGAAUCGUGUGAGUACAAAACUGAAAAUAAGAAAUUACUUCUGAAGCACCCGUUGAGGCAUAAAGAUUCUUUGCAAAUUCAAAUGUCGAGGUGCAUCUGCAGCGGCAUCAACUGGAACAAAUAUGCUGCGCAAGUUCUAAAAAUACUAGUGCAAUGA